ACGCGGCCAUGGAGCAUGUGGCGGGCUAUGCCCUGUGCCUGGACAUGACGGCCCGCGACACGCAGGAGGAGUGCAAGAAGAAGGGGCUGCCCUGGACCUUGGCCAAAGGGUUCGGCUCGUCCUGCCCCGUCAGUGACUUCGUGCCCAAGGAGAAGAUCCCUGACCCGCACAAGCUGCAGAUCUGGCUGAAGGUGAACGGGAAGCUGAGGCAGGAGGGGGACACCUCCUCCAUGAUCUUCUCCAUCCCUUACCUGAUCAGCUACAUCAGCCACAUCUUCACCUUGGAAGAAGGGGACUUGAUUCUCACGGGCUCUCCCAAAGGAGUCGGCUCCGUGGAGGCCAACGAUGAGAUCGAGGCGGGGAUCAGGGACGUGGUGUCCAUGAGGUUCAAGGUGGAGCAGCAGACACGGGGAUCCUGAUGCACACAUCCAGCCCGGAGCCUGCCUGGCACGGGGACAGCUGUGACACCAACACUCCCACGGCCCCAGGCACCGAGGGACUGCCACACGGAAACCAGGAGCCCAAAAUGCGUUGGACUGACACAACCCCAGUUCCAUGGAGGCUUCAGCAAUCCUAGAGUCCAGCCCAGCCUGGAGCAGGCAGAGCCCAGAAGCUCCAGAUUCCAAAAUUCCAAAACCAUACCUGGGAACUGGUGAUGGAGACACUGGGGAGGGGAAUGGGGCUGGCUGUCCCUUCUGCAUGUGCUUCUCUUCUGCUGAUACUUUGAGUUUUGCCUUAAAAUAAAAACUACUGAUCAAAACGAUUCAAAUGAUGAUGUAGGAGCUAAAGCUCAGCCAUGCUGCAGGAGGUCAGAGGUGUAUGUGGAGAUGUGCAACCCUAAAUCAAGAACUGCAGCUUCACAAAAUGUUUCCUCUACAAGAGAAAGAUGUUUGAUUUUUUGGAUUAGUUUAGUGAUUCCUCCCUGCUUUUUUCAAACAUACAAAUUAAAGGAGGAUGGUUUCUCUUCCCACUCCAAGGGGUAAAGGCAGCAGGAAGUGUGCCAGAUGUUUGGCAGAUUGGUUUUUUUCCUGAACUGUGUUUUAAAUAUGUUCUAAAAGUGAAAUAAUGCAAAAAGAUGAAGAAUAAAGAAACAUGGCUAAAGAUCACCACCAAA